UCAUAUAAUAUCAGCCCACGCAUUGAUUACACGACCGGAGAGUGCUAACCCCGCCCCCCCUCUUUUCCGCCCUCUCAGUUGGGCCUGUUUUAAACCCUUUGGUAUUCCUCUCUCUCUCUCUCUCUCUCUCUCUCUCUCUCUCAGCAUCGUGACAUCUCCCCUUUCCGAACCGUUCGAACUUCGAACUGUUUUUUGCCUGAAAUCCCUAUCUUUCUCUAUCUCCGUCUCCGUUCAAAUCAAUGGCCCCAAAACGUUCAACUCCCUUCGAAGAUCCACCGGCUGCUUCUUCUUCUGAAGAAGAGGAAAGCUCCAGUGGAGAAGAAGAAGAAGAAGAAGAAGAAGAAGAAGAAGACGGAGAAGAGGCAGAGGGAUCUUCAUCUGAAGAUGACGAAACAGAGGGGAAACCACAAAAACCCUCUUCUCUACCACCACAGACCCAACCGGCAAAGCCAGUUCCCAAGCAGCCCGAUUCUACAACCCAGAAAGCUGGGCCCGAGUCUGAGUCUGAUGGGUCUGAUUCUGAGUCCGAUUCCGAUGAUGACCGAGCUAAUCAUGCCGGUGACGCCAGUGUCAAGCCCAUCGCUUCUAAGCUUAUGGAGGAGACUCCCCUUAAAACAACGAAGCCUAGAUCCAAACCAUCGGCAUCAACUCAGGUUGCGGGGAAAUCAACGGCGGCGGUGAAGAGGGGCAGUGAAACGGAUGGCGACCCAAAGGACUCAAAGCGGGCCAAGAAGAAGAAUUCGGAAUCAGAUGGAGCUGUUGAAAAGCCUGAGGAUAUGAAGAAACAACUUUUUCAACGGCUCUGGAGCGAGGAUGAUGAGAUUGCGGUACUAAAGGGCAUCAUUGAUUUUAGUGAAAAGAAAGGAGUCGACCCUGCCAAGGAUAUGAGCUCGUUUUAUGAUUUCAUUAAGAAAUCGCUUCACUUUGAUGUCUCUUUAAACCAGUUGAAAGAUAAGGUUUCGAGAUUAAAGAAGAAGUUUGAGAACCAUGUGAGCAAAGGGAAAAUGGGUGAAGAUAAGACAUUUUCUAAAGCUCAUGAUCAAAAGUCUUUUGAUUUGUCAAAAAAGAUAUGGGGUAGUGAAGCAACUAUCAGGGGAGGAGUGGAUUUGGUUGUUAAAUCGAAUGGCAAAGCUAAGAAGAGUGGCAGUAAUAAUCAGAGAGGUAAGAGUGUGACUGCAAUGAAGGCAGAGCUGGAUGCGGAUGUGGAGAAGGAGACUGAGAAGGUUGACAAGAUGGAGGUUGAGAUGGAUAGCCAUUCUGUUCUGAAACACAUUGUACGGUUUGAUAAGAGUGUAAGUGUUGCAGGAAUGGAGGAGUAUGUGGUAAAGCGGGGACUGGAUAUGUUGGAGGGAGCUAAAAAGGCUGAGAUGGAAGAGAAAUGGAGGAAGUUGCAUGUUGGUGAGUUGGAGCUGUUUCUGAAGCGAAAUGAGUUGAUAAGGGAGCAGGCAAAGCUGAUGUUGGCUUCCUACAAAACUGAGCAGGGUUAGGCUUUGGGAAGGAGAAUGGUUCAUUUGGAGUCGUUGUGCCAAGGCGUGUUCAGCUGGCAAUGAGGAACAACGAGGAGCCCAAACUUCUUGGUUCUGUUACCAUUGCUGAUGGUGUUGUGUUGCCUAACAUCCACAUGUCACUGCCUAAUAGAACUGGUUCUGGCCCGAAGGUCCUGCUGAUGUUGACCGCCACAGAUUUUCAUGUAAUCUUUCCGCCCUUUAAAAGAAUAUUCUCAUACGUUUUGGCAAUAGUGGGCAAGCAAAACCAUUGCCUGACUUGAUGUACUUUGACAAUUUUGAGAAAAAAGAAUAGGAUCUCAUUCA